ACACACACACACACACACACACACACACACACACACACACACACACACACACACACACACACACACACACACACACACACACACACACACACACACACACACACACACACACACACACACACACAGAGAGAGAGUGUAAACGCUGUUUGAGGCCACUGUGCUGUGCUUGUGGAGUCUAAGCAGGACGCGGUUGAACCUCCGGCCGGAGCGCGGCUUUAAUAUUUACAUUUUUUUUUUUAACACUUAAUUCACUCGAAACGUCAGGAUGCACUGGAAUGAAAUAACACGCACGUUUCAUCUGUAAUGAACCCGGAUAACAGCGUUGUUCCCGGUUUAUCAAACUGACGCCUGCUUGUUUGGCUACAUCACUGGCUAAAGCGUGAAUCAUCCUUAGCUCAUAGCUAACGUUACAACCGGGAUUCCUCGCAUUAAGCUGGAGGCCUAAAACUGUGUUGUUGUUUUUAAAAGUCGUUUCAAUUUCACACAGCAACAUCUCCGUCUCGUAAUGGAAGAAAUUCUCCGAAAGCUUCAAAAAGACGCCUCUGGGAACAAAUAUAAAGCGAUUCGUGAUGGUUGCGCUGUGGCGUGUGAAACCCUGGAGGCUCAAAAUGGAUCAGUUAAGACGUCAGCAUUUAAGGUCAGAGAGAGAUGUCUCUUCCCGUUAAAGCUCGCGCUCGAGUCCAAAAACCCAAAGCUGGCUCAGACAGCUCUCACGGGAAUGCAGAAGAUCCUGUGUGACGAUCGCUUUGUCGCUGUGGUGGAACCAGAUGUGCCAGAGAAGCACCUGUUAAGUCAGAUGCUGGAUGCCAUCAGCGUGACCCCUAUGCUUCAUGAAGAUCUACAGGUGGAGGUCAUGAAGGUCUUGCUUUGUGUCACAUACUCCUCCAGCUUUGAGUUCAACGGUAACAACAUCUUGAGGAUUGCUGAGGUUUGUAUCCAGACAUACAUAUCGAGUUGUCAUCAACGCAGCAUCAACACAGCAGUAAGGGCCACACUAAGUCAGAUACUGGGUGACCUUACCCUUCAACUACACCACAGACAGGACAGCACAGGUGUAGAUGAACGGGAGCGUACAGUGCCUACAAGCAAACGCAAAGACUUUUCUCCCACCACAGCAGCGCUGUAUGAGGACGUGGUGACGGUCCUGACUGUAUUCUGUGAAAAACUGGAGUCUGUUUCAUGUGAGAACCAGCUGCUGCAGCUGCUGUAUCUGGAGUGCAUUUUAGCCAUGCUCAGCAGCUGCCCUCCCACAAUGCACCUGAACCGCAACUUCACAGAUCUCGUCUGGAAGCAGCUGUGUCCAGUUCUUGUGGUGAUCACGGGCAACCCUCUGAACGAUAAGACGAUCACCUCUGCUCAUGGAGCUCCAACACAGGAGGUGGAUGCUGCACUAGGAUCAGUGGUUAGUGAUCAGGGUCGGGGUUCUGGCUGUUCCUCCAGUGCCCCUGCCAUGAUUGGACCGGUGAUCCGCACCAUCUGCUACAUCGCAGCGGAACUCGUGCGGCUAGUGAGCUGUGUGGAGUCCAUGAAGCCUGUGUUGCAGUCUCUCUACCACCGCAUCCUGCUCUACCCGCCUCCACAGCACAGAUUGGAGGCCAUCAAGAUCAUGAAGGAGAUCCUCGGUAGCCCGCAGCGCUUGUUUGACCUGGCUGGCCCAUGUGUGAUUGAGCCCGAGACCAGGAAGAGAUCCUUCUCAAAGAGGAAAUCACAUCUCGACCUUCUUAAGUUGGUGAUGGACGGCAUGACGGAAGCCUGUGUGAAGGGUGGCAUCGAGGCUUGCUAUUCUUCUGUUUCUUGUGCUUGUGCCCUACUGACUGCCCUCGACGAGCUCAGCCAGGGACGUGGCCUGCAUAUAGACCAGGCGCAACUUUUGCUACGUCGAUUGGACGACUUGAAAGAAGGGGCGGAGUUGUCAAGGGAAUCGGUGGAGCUCAACGAGGCCGACUUCCGUUGGCAGCGGCACGUGCUGUCCUCCGAAAAUGCCACCUGGGAGACUGCUAUUCCUGAACGCAGCCCUGACAUCAGCAUCAGCGUCACCGCCGACACAGGCCAGGUUACUGUGGAGGGGGAUCCGGGUCGAACCACACCGGAGGAGUGCGGAGACGAUGCGCGAUUACCUUCGCCUUCCUCCUGUGGCGGCGCUGCGGGGGAAAGUGGUGCCCCUCCAGAUGUGGUGCAGCGCAGCCAUACCCUGGCGUACCCAGACCUCACCAACUUCCUUUCAGUGGAGUCCCGCAUGCGCUCACACGGCUCACGAUACAGCGAGAGCAAUUUCAGCGUGGAUGAGCAAGAGCUCUCCCGCACAGAAUUCGACUCGUGCGAUCAGUACUCCACGGCUGCCGAGAAGGACUCGGGACGCUCGGAUGUUUCGGACGUCGGUUCAGACAACGGCUCGUUGGCUGACGAUGAGCAGACACUCCGCCAUGUCCCCGCCCAUCGUUCACUGCGCACUGCCGCGCUAUCGCUCAAGCUGCUGAAGAACCAGGAAGCAGACCAGCAGAGUGCCCGCCUCUUUGUUCAGUCUCUGGUGGCGUUGUUGCCACGCCUUUUGGCCCAGCACAGCCCUGCUGAUGUGGAUGUCGCGCUACAAAACUUCUCCUCAACCUUCUGCUCAGGCCUGCAAGUAGGUGGGACUCACUCUCCUGGCUUCGAGGGCAGUGAGAAUCUGAACUGCCAGGCCCUGAUGAAUGCAGACGGAUUGUAUUUGGUGUCCUACUAUGCCUUGCUCCUCAACCUCAAACUGAGCACCUGUGGUUACUACCAAAGGAAACCCUCUCCUCCCAUUGUCACUCUGAAAGAGUUUGUGCAUCAGAUCCAGAGCAGUGGCGUUCUAGUUGUGCUCUCCCAGGCCUGGAUAGAGGAACUGUACCACCAAGUGUUAGAGAGGAACCUGCUAGGGGAGGCUGGAUACUGGGAGUCCCCUGAGGAGCACUCACUCCCUCUUAUCACCAUGCUCACAGAUAUUGAUGGACUUGGCAGCAGUGCUAUAGGAGGUCAGCUGAUCAGAAGAGCCUCCUCACAGUCGCCCUUUCCAAGUGAUAAGAAAGACAAUAACACUGUGUUGGCAGGUAUUGUGUUUGCGCGGUACAUCCUGAUUGGCUGCUGGAAGAACCUGAUUGACACUCUGUCCACUCCACUGACGGGCCGCAUGGCGGGCAGCUCGCGGGCUCUGGCCUUCAUCCUGGGUGCAGAAGGCGUUAAAGUGCAGAACCAGAGGGAGAGGGAAGCCAUCUGCCUCAGUCUUGAUGGUCUGCGCAAGGCUGCUGCUCUCAGCUGUGCUCUGGGUGUGGCUGCUAACUGUGCCUCAGCGGUAGCUCAGAUGGCAGCAGCUUCCUGUGUUCCAGAGGAAAGAGAGGAGAAGGAUCAGGCUGAAGCUGGAGAUGCUAUUACUCAAGUUAAACAUAGAAUGGAGCAGAAACUGGAGCAGAUGGGUCGGGGUCAGGGAGUGAAGCUGCACACUGCUCACAUGCUCUGCAUGGACGCCAUUCUCAACGUGGGUCUAGAGAUGGGCAGCCAUAAUCAUGAUUGCUGGCCGCAUGUCUUCAGAGUGGUGGAGUACGUGAGCUCGCUGGAGCACAGCCACUUCAGUGAUGGGAGUUCUCAGCCUCCCGUGACCAUCACUCAGACUCAGCAGGCAUCAACGAUCAUGGGAACUCCAGAACUGAACGUGGAGUCUGUCCCUGAGCUGGAGUUGAACUUGAGCCAUCCAGUCAUCCAGCCCACUUCCAUCCAGGAGCUGUUGCGUGAAAACAGCCACACGAAAGGUUUUGAUCUGCGGGGCGGCAGUCUCCUGACAGGAACCAGCGCUGCUAAAGUUGUUUGCACACUGUCCACACAGGCAGAUAGACUGUUUGAAGAUGCCGUGAGUAAACUUAACCUGGUGGGUCUAGUGGGAUUCCUGCACCAGCUGAGGAAAGCCUCGCAAUCCCAGCUUUUCAACUCGGUCACAGAAACUGGGGACUACUCCUUAGCCAUGCCAGGUGAGGCGAAGUCAACACAAGACAAGCGCAGUGCUCUUCACCUCUUCAGGCUGGGCGAAGCCAUGCUUCAUAUCGUAAGGGACAAGAGCCGGCCACUUCUGCACAUGAUGAGAGCCUGGAGUGUGGUGGCUCCUCAUCUGGUGGAGGCUGCAUGCCAUAAAGAACGGCAUGUAUCCCAGAAGGCAGUAUCCUUCAUCCACGACGUUCUGAUGGAGGUGCUGAGCAGCUGGGCUGAGCUUCCUCACUUUCAUUUCAAUGAGGCGCUUUUCCGGCCUUUUGAGCACAUCAUGCAGCUGGAGCUCUGUGACGAGGAUGUACAGGACCAGGUGAUCACAUCCAUUGGGGAGCUGGUGGAGCUGUGCUCUCCUCAGAUCCAGUCAGGCUGGAGGCCGCUCUUCAGUGCUCUGCGCACUGUACAUGGAAGCAAGAAUGACAUGAAGGACUAUCUGAUUGGAGAAUACUCUAUGGGUAAAUCCCAUGCACCUGUUUUUGACGUCUUUGAGGCUUUUAUUAACACGGACAACAUUCAGGUUUUUGCCAAUGCAGCAACUGACUACAUCAUGUGCCUUAUGAAGUUUGUGAAGGGGUUAGGAGAGGUGGAUUAUAAGGAGAUAGGAGAUUGCGUUCAUGCGAAUGGAUACAGCUCUACAGACCUGUGCCUUCCUGCCCUGGAUUAUCUGAGGAAGUGCUCACAGCUGCUAGCCAAAAUCUACAAAAUGCCUUCGAAGCCAGUGUUCCUGGGUGCACGGCUGGCCAGUCUGCCCAUGAGAGCCCAGGAGCGCUCAGUUAGCAGCGAGGAUGGUAUGGACAGUGUUCUAGCCGAGUUCGAUGACGACACAGGUCUGAUCCAGGUGUGGAUCUUGCUGUUGGAGCAGCUCACUGCAGCCGUGUCUAAUUGCCCUCGUCAGCACCAGCCCCCCACACUAGAACUGUUGUUCGAGCUGCUCCGAGAAGUCACUAAAACACCAGGCCCAGGCUUUGCCAUUUUCUCAGUCAUCCAGCUUCUUCUCCCCGUCAUGUCACUGUGGCUCCAGCGAAGUCAUGGAGAUUAUUCCUACUGGGAUAUCGCAGCUGCAAACUUUAAGCACGCCAUCGGGCUUUCGUGCGAGCUGGUGGUGGAGCAUGUUCAAAGUUUUAUUCAUUCAGAUAUGGGCUACGAGAGUCUUAUUAACCUGAUGUUGAAGGACUUAUUCAAGCUGCUGGUGGCUUGUGUGGCUGAACCCGCAGAGACCAUCUCCAGAGUUGGCUGUUCCUGUAUCAGAUAUGUUCUGGUGACAGCAGGGCCUGUGUUUACAGAGGAGAUGUGGAGGCUGGCCUGCUGUGCCCUGCAAGAUGCCUUCUCCGCUACACUAGAACCUGUCAAAAAUCUGCUUGCGUGUUUUCGGAGCGGUUCUGACACUUUCACAGGGGACGCGUGCGAGGUGAAAGUAGCCGCCCCGACACACUCUGCUUCUGCUGAGGCUGAGUACUGGAGGAUCCGUGCCAUGGCACAGCAGGUCUUUAUGCUGGACACUCAGUGCUCUCCUAAGACUCCUAGCAGUAAGGAAGGAUUUGAGCAUGCUCAGUCAUGUGUGCUCAUCAUCGAACUUCCUGCAGACCAGCAGUCCAAUGGCCACGUUCAGAAGAGGAUUCCGUUCAGGACGAUUGUGGUGAGCUUGCUGUCCCACCAGGUGCUGCUGCAGAACCUCUAUGACAUCCUACUGGAGGAGUUUGUGAAGGGCUCCAGCAGCUCUGAGAGCCAGGAUCGCUUAACACCGGUCUCAGAUCCCAAAGCCUCUGGUUUUCUACGCUACAUCUCCAUGCAAAAUCUAGCCAUUAUCUUGGACCUCCUGCUCGACUCGUACCGCACGGCGCGGGACUUUGACACACGUCCUGGCCUGAAAUACCUACUCAUGAAGGUGUCAGGGGUGUGCGGAGCCGCUAACCUGUACCGCCAAGCCGCAAUGAGCUUCAAUAUCUACUUCCAGGCUCUGCUGUGUGCAAUGCUGACCAGCCAGGAGCAGAUCACUGUGGAGCAGGUGAAGAAGAUCCUCAGUGAGGAGGAGGAAGAGGAAGAAGAAGAAGGCAGCUCAGAUUCAUCACAAGGCUGCUCAUCUGAGGAUGAGGACAUGUUUGAGGAGACAGCCCGUGUGAGCCCACCACGCCGGUGGCGUACACGCCUGCCUGCUCUGAGCACCCAGCCCGCCAGUGGUGCAGACUGGGCAUGGCUGCUCAAACGCAUGCACAAGCUCUGUAUGGACCUCUGCACAAACUACAUUCAGAUGCACCUAGACUUGGAAAGCAUCACCGAGGAGCUACCUCCCAUCACCCGUCCUGACAGCAUGUUCUUUCUGCCCCUCUUCCCCUCUGAGAGCUCCACCCCGUCAACAGGCGGCCAUUCAGGACGUGGGACACCCUUGGAGGAAAACCCUCGCCUUCAUGUGCCCAGCACGCCCUCCUCAGAGGAGGAGGAGAGAAGGAGGAAGAAGGAGUGGUGGGAGAGCGCCAGCAACAAGCUUUACACCAUCGCCAGUGACAAGACCAUCGCCAAGCUGAUGAUGGAGUACAAGAAGCGCAAGCAGCAGCAGCAGCAGCAGCAGCAACAGCAGCAACAGAACCCUGGCUCAUUGACGAAGAAGGCAGGAGAGAGGAUGACACCAGAGUCUCCUGGGCCACAGAGACCUCAACAGCUCCUCGAUCAGAGGACCAUGAGGCACUCUUUUAGCGCCGGACCAGAACUACUGCGUCAGGACAAGAGGCCACGCUCGGGUUCUACCGCCAGCUCACAUAAUGUCUCCCUCAAAGACUCCGAGGCACAGAUACAAGCAUGGACCAACAUGGUCCUCACCAUCCUGAACCAAAUCCAGCUGUUGCCAGAUGCCACCUUCGUGGCCCUGCAGCCGGCCAUGUUCCCCUGCAUCAGUCAGCUGACGUGUCACGUGACUGACCUCCGUGUGCGGCAAGCGGUGCGAGAGUGGCUGGGACGCGUAGGGCGUGUUUAUGACAUUAUCCUGUGACGAGCUCGCUGCUUUGUCGUCAUCGUGAGCCAACUAAUUUUUUUUCUUUCUUGGGAUUUGCUAACCGGGAUACAAAGGGUUUCUUUUUGUAUGCAAAUGUAUUUAUCGUUGUAAUCCGUGGUCUCUGUAUUCUGUGAACAUGCAUAUCGAAAUGCUUUGCUGAACAAUUUCCUUCGGAAUGUUUACUGGUCAAACGGUAUUGACUAUUCCCAUUUGUAUUACUUUCGAUUUUUAUCCAAUUAUUUAUUGUGUCAGCUUUAAUAUUUAUUUCCACUGAAUAGGAAACCGUGUUUACUUUAUGCACUUUUAUUAGUAAUGUGAGUUUAGUGCCACUGAUACUGGCUUAUUUGCCACACACACACACACACACACACACAAAAAUCACAUGGCAUGGACUCAAAAUUAGGUCAUAUACCUUACAUGUUGCUGCCGUCGCCAAAAAAAAAAAAAAUUAAGUGUUUGGUCUAAUGUUCAUUUCAUCUCAAAGUGUUAAGAGCUGCAAAGGAAGUGCCAGUUAGUUUUCUCAUGACCACAUUGGAUUGCUAGGGCAAUAUACAAAUUGUACAAAAAGUAAUGCAAGUUCGUUCAGUGCCGCAAUUCAAAAUUACAGACUUCUGUACCAUGUACUUACAUUAAUGCUCUUUGCGGAGCAUUCAAAUUGAUCUCUAAUACAUUUUCACUCACAUUAGAGGAUGGUCUGUUGAGCAAAAUCUCACUGACCAGCGGCCUAAUGCACAAUUACUCUCUCAAUGCUUACAUCACACAAAGAUUCAAAUUUAUCCUGGUUUACAGAGAAUUCAGAUUUGCCACACUGAUCAACCUGAUUGCUCUGUGAUAACGCCUCGAAGCAUCAAAUCUCCUACACUGACUGUUGAGGUUUUUGCUUGAGCAUCGUUAUUAUGAAACACUUCAUAUACACUUUGUAUUUCGAUGUAUAUUUAAACUGUUCAGUGAAGCAUAUUUAAUCCUUCAAAUAUGCUCUGCUAAAGGUUUUUUUUUUUUUUUUUGCUUUAAAUGUCAGACUUUAAUGUAAGAUCAGUGGCCAAUAGCCCUGAAGCUUUAACUUUACUGGUUCAUAUUAUCAUGCAUUCCCAAACCUUGCUCAUGUAUUAGUCUUUUAGUAAUUUGUGUAUAACAGUUUAUGUUCAUAUUAAUGAUUUGUUGUGCUCCUUAAUCCUCCUCAGUUCUUAAAUACUGCUUUCAAAGAAACCAAGAUGGUAAUCUGGGAAAACUACAUAAAAGAAAUUGCAUGUUCUUUUCAGAUUAAAAGUAAAAUACGCUAUAUAUGGUCAAAGGUUUGUGGACACCUGAUCAUCAUGCCCAUAUGUGGUUCUGCCACAAACUUGGAAGUACACAAUUAUAUAUAGGAUGUUUAAAUGCUGGAGCAUUACAGUUUCCAUUCACUGGAACUAAGAGGCUCAUAUCUGUUCCAGCAUGAUGAUGCUCCUGUGCACAUAAAGACCAAGGUUGGCGUGGAAGAACUUGUAGUCCGCACAGAGCCCAGAGCCCUCAACCCCACUGAUCACGUUUGGGAUGAAUUUGAACGCCGACUAUGUGCCUGACCUCACUAAUGCUCUUGUGGCUGAAUGAACACAAAAAUCCACACUAGUGGAAAAUCCUUCCUACAGUAGAAGAGUGGAGCAGAGGUUAUUUAUACCAGCAAAGUGGGGAAUAAAUCUGGAAUGGGAUGUUCAACAUAUACAUAUGGGUGUGAUGGUCAGGUGUCUAUAUACGUUUGGCACUAUAAUGUAAAGAAUGACCACUUGCAAAAGAGCUAUUCUAAAGCAGAAUCAAUUGACCUUACAACAAACACCCACAUCCAGUACUUCAGUAAAAUGCUUUACCAAGAAAGUAAACCUAUACUGAAUUUGAAUGUAAAGACGUCUAAUCACACAUUCCUUUACAUGAAAAUGACCAAAGACUUGCACUGAUAUGACUUGAUUAGAAGUGUUUAAAGGUGAUUGUUUGCAGUAGGAGUUUUCCACUGUUUUAAAGGUAGAUAUGGCCUUAACAGUGGGAUGCGUCCGCUGUGGGAUGUUGAAUGUAUUCUUGAAGGACCUGCAUUUUCCCUUUUUCUUCAUAAGAAAAGUCACUUUUUCAGCACCACCAUUCAAAUACUGUUUGAUUUGAUGAUCGUAAUAAUGUGGUUACACCUUUUUAACGUAUUUAUUUUCUACAAGUGUUUCACGUCACUGCAGUUGACGUUAUAAAAUUAAUAGAAUCGGUUCAACAACCUGAUUGGUCAAGUUGUAUUUGAAGCUGAAUUAAUUAAAGUAUUAAGGCACCAGGUUUUAAAACAAUAAAGGCAUUACAUUACAGCCAUUGUUCUGUUGAUAGAAUACCCUAGUUUUUAUCUGUUACAUUGCUUAGCAACCAAAGUUUACUGAUAACAGACUACGUUGUGUUGUUUAUCGCUAAUUAAUUAAUAAUAAAUUCAAUUAUUUAUUGAACACCGGAUUUAAUCAUACUGUUUUUGUUAGUUUUAUAACAGAAUUAAAUGAAAUGGGACUAAGUCUUUAAAAUAAAGCAGUAAGUGAUGAAAGGGUGAGUUACAAUGAUUUUAUCACCUCACUUUGCAACGUGCCUAAGGAACACCUUACCUCCCUGCAGAAAGAGGAAAAAAACAAUAGAAACAAUCACAGAAAUUUGAAUGGUUUCCACUACAAAUACCAUUACAAACCAUCAGCUGUUAACCAAAUAAAACUAUUACCAAACGGUUUCCAUUAUGUAGUAGGGCGUAUUAAGGACCUAGGUCCUUAAUGGUAUCCACUAGACAUAACAUGCCACCAAUAGAAGGCAACAGAUUACCAGUAGAGACCCAGAUGGACCAUUACAGUUUCCAUUAAAACCAAUACAAUUCCCAUUAUAACCAUUAAAACUAUUACUAUUCAUCCUCUGAAGGUUUCUAUUGGGUUUUUUGUUCAGAAGGGUUGUGAAAAAGUCACUUUAACACACGCCCUCUUGUGGCUUACUGCUUUAUUUAUAGUUUACUAUUACACUAAUAAACCGGGUCUCAGUGGCUCUGCAGUGCUUGUGUAACUAUAAUGCUGUGCGUAGAAUUCUACUGGUUAUGACGACUUUUGAUGAUUUGCUAAUGGCACAAAAAAAUAUUCUUUUUUAAAUCACUAAACAGUGCUUUAUUUAUGAUUACUCAUUUUAUGUGACACAACAAUCAGACUACUGCAGUAUACUGUAUGUGCACAUGCUAAAUAUACAUUUGCCAGAUGAUGAUUUAUGUUGUAUGUGUUGUGGAAUAAAAAAGUAAAUAUGUAA